UUCCCGGGGUCGGGUGCUCACUUGGCGUUCUUAGGCCUUAACGGUGACAGGAGCCCCGGCAAUAUGUUAACCAAGGCUAACAUAGAGGUUCUGCAUGCUGCAGCUCUUGAACACUGGGACUGGGGACCACUAUUCGAUGAGGGGCGAAGUGCAGCUCGCCCGAGAAUGAACGCUGUCUCCUCCAGUCCUUUGGGAGCACUCCCUGCCUCUAGCACAUACAAUGCAUCGUCUGCGAGUUAAGAUCAGCGUCAUUUAUGUCCAUGAAUGACCCGAAUUGCUUCCCUUGCUCUGCCUGUUGCUGAUUGGCUGCUUCGUGAUGAGUAUAUUCUGAGCCCAGCAUUGUCCAGACCCUUGUCUCUUCACCCUAAUCUGCUUCCUGCCUCCACCUCCCAGGUGCAGUCAGUAUCUCUGGGCUGCAGGAAUCCUUCCUUGCAACACAUCUCAGGCGUCUGUUUGCUGUUCUGGAAAAGCUAAACAGUGGUUGAUCUGUUGAUUUUAUUGGAAAACAGUACUAUUUUGAAACGAGGCCUGGUUUCCUGUGUCGGUAACCUGUGUAAAGGGAACACACCGAGUCUGUGCCUGCAGCUUGGAGUCACAGUUUGGCUACAGCCUGGCUUGUCCCCACAUUAGCAGAGCAGCUGGGGAGGAUGACAACAUGUCUGCUGGCAAGCUGUGGUCAGGCCUGCUGCUCCUGCUGUCUUGUUUCUGCUCUAGAAUCUCAUCCUGUGGCCUCUCAACACACGUAGAAAUAGGACACAGGGCUCUGGAGUUUCUUCAGCUUCAAAAUGGACACAUUAACUACAAAGAGUUGCUUUUAGAACACCAGGAUGCAUACCAGGCUGGGACGGUGUUUCCUGAUGCCUUUUACCCUAGCAUCUGCAAACGAGGAAAAUACCACGAUGUAUCUGAGAGGACUCACUGGACUCCAUUUCUCAAUGCCAGCAUUCAUUACAUUCGGGAGAACUACCCUCUGCCCUGGGAGAAGGACACAGAGAAGUUGGUAGCUUUCUUAUUUGGAAUCACCUCGCACAUGGUUGCUGAUGUCAGCUGGCACAGCCUGGGUAUUGAACAAGGAUUCCUCAGGACAAUGGGAGCCAUUGAUUUUCAUGACUCCUAUUCUGAGGCUCAUUCAGCUGGUGACUUUGGAGGAGAUGUGUUGAGCCAGUUUGAAUUUAAUUUUAAUUACCUCUCACGGCGCUGGUAUGUGCCCAUCAAAGAUCUACUGAGAAUUUAUGAUAAUCUCUAUGGUCGCAAAGUCAUCACCGAAAACGUCAUCGUUGACUGCACCUAUCUUCAGUUCUUGGAGAUGCAUGGAGAGAUGUUAGCUGUUUCCAAGCUCUAUUCCACAUACUCUACCAAGUCCCCCUUUCUGGUGGAACAGUUCCAAGAGUACUUCCUCGGAGGACUGGAUGACAUGGCAUUCUGGUCCACGAACAUCUACCGUCUGACCAGCUUUAUGCUGGAGAACGGGACCAGUGACUGCCACCUGCCUGAGAAUCCUCUGUUCAUCUCCUGUGACGGCCGAAGGAACCACACCCUUGGCUCAAAAGUGCAGAAAAAUGAUUUUCAUAGGAAUCUGACCGUGUCCAUAAGAAAAGAUAUCAGGAAAAACUUGAACUACACAGAAAGAGGCGUGUUCUACAGCGCAGGCUCCUGGGCUCCGGAAUCUGUAACCUUCAUGUACCAAGCUUUGGAGAGGAACCUGAGGACCAUGUUUGAUGGCAGCUCUCGGACUCCGCUAAAGCAUGUCUCCAGCCCCUCUGCCACCUACUUCCUGUCUGUUCCCUAUGCCAGGCUUGGCUGGGUCAUGGCCUCAGCCGACCUCAACCAGGAUGGGCACAGUGACCUCGUGGUGGGUGCGCCAGGCUACAGCCACCCAGGCCGCUUCCAGGUUGGGCGGGUGUACAUCGUCUAUGGCAACGAUCUGGGCCUGCCCCCGGUUGACAUAGACCUAGACAAGGAGGCCCAUGGGAUCCUGCAGGGCUUCCAGCCUUCAGGUCGCUUUGGCUCAGCUUUGGCCGUGCUGGACUUCAACAAGGAUGGGCUGCCUGACUUGGCUGUGGGGGCCCCCUCUGUGGGCUCCGGGCAGCUCACCUACAAUGGUGCAGUGUAUGUCUACUAUGGGUCCCAGCAGAGCAGGCUGUCUUCUGCCCCCAACAUCACCAUCUCCUGCAAGGACACCUACUGCAACCUGGGCUGGACCCUCCUGGCAGCAGAUGUGGAUGGAGAUGGCCAGCCCGACCUGGUGAUCAGCUCACCUUUCGCACCGGGUGGAGGGAAGCAGAGAGGGAUUGUGGCUGCCUUUUACUCACACCCCAGAUGGAGUAACAGAGAAACACUGACUGCAGAGGAAGCUGACUGGAAGGUGAGCGGUGAGGAGGACUUCUCUUGGUUUGGAUACUCCCUCCAUGGGGUCACAGUGACAAACAGAACCCUGCUCCUGGUUGGGAGCCCAACCUGGAAGAACGUCAGCAGGUUGGCACGCUCGAGCCACAGGAUCCAUGAGAAAAACAGCCUGGGAAGGGUGUAUGGCUACUUUCCGCCAAACUGUCAGAGUGAAAUCACUAUCUCAGGCGAUAAGGCAAUGGGAAAGCUGGGCACCUCCCUGUCAAGUGGCCAUGUGAGGCUGAAUGGGACCCUAACACAAGUGUUAUUGGUUGGAGCCCCUACUCAUGAUGACGUGUCUAAAAUGGCAUUCCUAACCAUGACCCUGCACCAGGGUGGAGCCACUCGCAUGUAUGAGGUGGCUCUGGACAAAACACAGCCGGCCCUGCUCAGCAGCUUCAGCGGAGACCGGCGUUUUUCUCGAUUUGGUAGCGUUCUACACCUGACUGAUUUGGAUGAUGAUGGUUUAGAUGAAAUCAUCAUGGCUGCCCCUCUGAGGAUAACAGACAUGACUUCUGGACUGCUAGGGGGAGAAGACGGGCGAGUUUACAUUUAUAACGGCAAGCACACCACCCUGGGUGACAUGACAGGAAAAUGCAAAUCCUGGCUGACUCCAUGUCCAGAGGAGAAGGCACAGUAUGUACUAAUUUCUCCUGAGGCAAGUUCGAGGUUUGGGAGCUCACUGGUGUCUGUAAGGUCUAAGGGAAGGAACCAAGUGGUUGUCGCUGCUGGAAGAAGUUCUUGGGGCGCCCGGCUCUCUGGGGCACUUCAUGUCUACAGCCUCAGCUCAGACUGAAGACGGUCACUCCAUUCCCUCCUGUUCAGCCCCUCCCUCUUGGGCCAAGUCCAUCUCCAGGGUGGACAAAGCAUUCCUCUAGUGGUGCCAUGGUGAAGCCUGGCAGAGGUGGGGCUCCUGGGACAGACACACUGACAGUCAGGUGACCUGGAAAUGCGGUCAGCUGUGUGUGGGUACCAGAUGAUGGGGAACGGCAGGCACUCUGUAUCUUCUCUGAGCUUGGGACUACAGCCACCACCCCUCCUCUUCUGGUUGAAUACCUGUCUGUCUCUUGCCUAGAAAGGGAACAGUUACCUCGUAACACAUUCUAUCAUUGCUCCUUAAAAAAAAAAUCCUUAAGUGGCGGCUGGUCCUAUUUGGAUCUUAAAUGUGCCCCAAAAUUCCCAUGCUGAAAUCUUGGUCCCCAGCUGAAGGAGGGUAGAAAUUUUGGAGUGGGAUCUUGUUGGAGGAAGUUACGUCAUUAGGGUGUGCCAGGACCCCAAGUCUUUCCUUGCAGCGUUGCUUCCCAGCUGCCAUGUAAAUGAACAGCUCUCCUCAGCUGUGCUGGCUUCUUCCCCAGCUCCAAAGCAACAGGGUCAAGUGCUCUACAACUGACAGGGCUGAAACUGUGAGCCAAAAUAAACGCUUCUUCUUUUGAAGCUGCUCAUCUUGGGCCUUUUGUCAUGCUGACGGUGCAGUAUACAGGGAAAGCACGGUGGGAAGAGAGAACAGCAUGGGGGAAGGUGCCCACACACUGCUCCUUCCUCACUGAGGGCUUAGAAGGACAACCUCAGAAACUAAAGUUAGCUGAGCUAUCUCGUGCUUCACAUAUCUGUGGCGACAAGUGAUCAACCUCACCAUUGUGGUUUUAAGUCUCACAGGGCGGUGGGGCUUUGCUGUGCUCGGCUGCCAGCUCCACCAACAGAGCAGGAGGGAGUGGGGUGGCCUUGAGCCCAGGCUGACCGUAAGGGAUGAGUGGGCUGUGGCUUCACUUGCUCUUGGCCUAUUCUUUACAGUAGAUCCUGGUCUCCAUUUUCAACUUAUAAAAGUGACUGGCUGGUCCCCUGUCAGUCAAAGGACAUACUGUUCUUUCUGAUCCUGGAAAGGAGAAGGAAAACGGGUGACAAGUCCCACUGAGAGAGAGAGAAACCUCUGCAAUGGGGAUGUGGACACAAAAGAUGAUGGCUCAUAGGUGAGAAAGAGGGGCAGUUCACAAACACUCACCCCAGAAGGCACUGCUCACCCUCCAGACUAGCUGUUGAGUGUGCGCUAUACAGUCCCCUAAGACACAGAAGGAAGCAAACAGGGACAUUUGGUUUUGCUUGGGUAGUAACUCGCAGUUCAAGCUAUCUGAAGAACACUAUCAGGAGAAGGGUUAUUUUUUUGCCACUCAGCAAAUAUAAGUGGCAGGGCCAAACCCAGGGCCUUGUGCACAUCAGGCAUGAACUUUCCCAACCCUGGGCUGAUGCUCUAGCCCUAAAGUGCCAGUGCUUCUGCUCUGAUAACUGUCGGGAGCUUGUCUAAAUAUGGCCACGGCUGACCACAGGAUUUGUCUUUGUCUUUGUCUCAGUGUCUGAACACAGCAAGUAGCAGACACUACAUUUUUUU